AUGUAUGGUGAUGUUCCCGCUGACAGCCGAAUUAUAAGAACGUACAAGGAGUUCAAACACUCUGGCCCGAGAGAGCUCACUCCUGAGAUGCUCAAGUCUAUCCAUGAGGCUGACAAGCCUGCCUCAAGGGGAAAGAAGGCCGACAAGGGCAAAGAAAAACAGGUAGCAAAGGGAGUGAAAGGCCCAUCUCCCAAGAAAAGAAAAACUACCAAGACUGUCCAAUCCCCACCGAUGAAGAGGAGAAAAACCCAACCGAGGCGGAAGCUAAUCAUCGUCUCAUCCUCAAGCGAAUCUGAGGGAGAGAGUUCUGCUUCUGAAGGCUCUCCUCAUGGUAACACUCCACCACGAUCUCCUACCCCUGAAGUUCACUCUCCCCCUUCUCCAAUCUCCUCUCCACCUGCCACUAUUCCUAUUUCUAUUCCCCCAUAA